AUGCAACCGGCACUUCAGAAUCACAUCAUGGAUCAGGAGAUGGACUGCGGCGACUCGCCUGACAUCAUUGAAGGCGUCAAAUCUCUUCAUGAGAAUGGACUGUUGACUGAUCUGGUCCUCGUCUGCGAGCGCUACCGAUUCAACAUCCAUGCAGCGAUCCUCUCGGCCCAGUCGCCCUUCUUCCUGAGAAGAUGCCAGGCUAUGCGGGACAAUGGCAGCCAUGAGAUCACGUUUAACUGUCAGGAUCCCUGUGUUGUCUCCGCGGCAGUGAAGUUUUGCUACGGCAUUGACUACGAGUCACCGACGAUCGACGACCACGAGCUUAUGAUCCACGACUUCAAGCCUUCUGAGUUCCACGCGAGAGUAUUCCUCUUGGCAUGCCAGUACAGCAUCCCCAAGCUCCGCCUUGUAGCGGCGAGAAAGUUUAAAGAGGUUGCGAGCAGUAUCUGGAAGUCCAACGAGUUUGCGGAGCACGCUGAGGAAAUCUUCAUCACUCUACCAUCCAGAUACCCGUACAUGUCUGAGUCCUACGAGCCACUUAGGGAAGCGAUCAUGGACAUUGCUGCUGCUCACGCACAAGAACUUCUCCUGAACGAUGGCAGCGUUUACGACAAAUUUCAGCAAGUCCUCGAACAAUCACCAAGACUCACUCUUCAUCUCGCAAAGACUGCACUUGCACCAGAGCCCGAUUUCGAUUUUUCCGAACUGAUCAGCCGCUCGAGCCGUAUUUCACGCGACGCGACGAAAUCAACGCGCUAUUUCUGCCCGUCCUGUAACGCCGUCUUCUUUGCUCAGAUGCCCAGACGCCCUGGCUCUUCUUACACACAUGCGUGCCGUGUGCCUCCACGCGGCCGCGGCGACCUCGAACGAGACGAAACGUCCCGAGAGGAGCGUUUGACGAUGAAAGUGGAUGCGUGGAACAGUUUAAGAGUUGCAGACUGAUGGAGGAGGUGGUCGUGCGAAGGACGUCCGGCGCUCAGAUCGUAUCGCGGGGGCCUUCGCAAGGCUCGUCAUCAACGGAUCGAUGGGACAGUGUGAAUCAAGGCUGCGAGGAUACCCUGAUGUCAGUAACGAAGCACGCUGUGCCGGCAUGCAUUACUGCAUCCCACAAUCGUCGGACAGUGGCUCUGGGAGCAGGUAUUCAAUUUGACUGCGCGCACGUCUUUGCGGCCCGCGAAUAUCAAACAGCGUCGACCAAAUUGCGUCUGCCGCU